UCCGAGUCAUAUGACCGGCGCAGUGCUGUCAUCCGUGUUACCCAGCGCCAGUUAGCAAAGCACCGUCGACCAACGUCUUCUUUUCUCGGGGCUUUCCUCUCUUUAUUCGACGAUGGCAACACUGGUGGCGAACAGGGCGAUGGACAUCAACGGCGUGGCGGCUGCUGCGCGGACGCACACGCAGGCUGUGACCAGGAACUACAUCUCUCAGCCCAGGCUAACUUACUCAACGGUGUCGGGUGUAAAUGGACCCCUGGUGAUCCUGGAUAAUGUGAAGUUCCCCAGAUACGCAGAGAUCGUUCACCUGACCCUGCCUGACGGCACCAAGAGGAGCGGGCAAGUCCUGGAGGUGAUUGGAAGCAAGGCGGUAGUCCAGGUGUUCGAGGGAACAUCAGGCAUUGACGCCAAGAAGACAGCUUGCGAGUUCACUGGUGAUAUCCUGCGUACGCCGGUGUCAGAGGACAUGCUGGGACGCGUUUUCAAUGGCUCAGGCAAACCCAUCGACCGUGGGCCCACUGUUCUGGCUGAGGACUACUUGGACAUCAUGGGUCAGCCAAUCAACCCUCAGUGCCGUAUCUACCCCGAGGAGAUGAUCCAGACUGGCAUCUCGGCCAUCGAUGGCAUGAACAGCAUCGCCAGAGGACAGAAGAUCCCGAUCUUUUCAGCUGCUGGGCUGCCACACAACGAGAUCGCAGCCCAGAUCUGUCGCCAGGCCGGCCUGGUGCAGAAGUCCAAGGAUGUAAUGGACUACAGUGCUGAGAACUUCGCCAUUGUCUUCGCAGCCAUGGGGGUCAACAUGGAAACUGCUCGCUUCUUCAAGUCUGACUUUGAGGAGAACGGCUCCAUGGACAACGUCUGCCUCUUCCUUAACCUGGCCAAUGACCCCACCAUCGAGCGUAUUAUCACCCCACGCUUAGCGCUGACCACGGCAGAGUACCUGGCCUAUCAGUGUGAGAAGCACGUCCUGGUCAUCCUGACUGACAUGAGCUCCUACGCUGAGGCUCUGAGAGAGGUCUCUGCUGCCCGAGAGGAAGUGCCCGGCCGUCGAGGCUUUCCUGGCUACAUGUACACCGAUCUGGCCACCAUCUACGAACGUGCCGGCCGUGUGGAAGGCAGAAACGGCUCCAUCACCCAGAUCCCCAUUCUCACCAUGCCCAACGAUGACAUCACCCAUCCGAUUCCUGAUCUGACCGGAUACAUCACGGAGGGUCAGGUCUAUGUCGAGAGACAGCUACACAACAGACAGAUCUACCCACCCAUCAACGUAUUGCCCUCACUGUCUCGUCUGAUGAAGUCGGCCAUCGGAGAGGGGAUGACCAGGAAGGACCAUGCUGAUGUCUCCAACCAGCUGUAUGCCUGCUAUGCCAUUGGUAAAGACGUCCAGGCCAUGAAGGCUGUGGUGGGAGAAGAGGCCCUCACCUCUGAUGAUCUGCUCUACCUGGAGUUCCUGCAGAAGUUUGAAAAGAAUUUCAUCGCUCAAGGCCCGUACGACAACAGGACAGUGUAUGAGACCCUGGACAUUGGCUGGCAGCUUCUGCGAAUCUUCCCCAAGGAGAUGCUGAAGAGGAUUCCUCAGAGCACCCUGGCCGAGUUUUACCCCAGGGAGUCUGCCGUCCGCCACUGAGGCACACGAAGGGGAUGGUCUCGCUGUAGCUCCGCUUGCCCUUUCUACCCACCAUCCUACUCUCCCCCUUUAUCCCUUUCGGCACUUCUGGUGGGCUCGGGCAACAAUGUUGUCUUUGCCUUUGCCGAACCCAAACUUCAUCUUUUUCUUUCUCCCCUGUCCUUAUCAUCUCCGAUUUAUCUCCUUCCCAUGAAUCAGCUCACCCCAGCAUUACACCCCCCCCCCCCCCCCCCCCCCCCC